CAUUUGUUAAGCGAUGACAGUGUUUCUUGGCCUCGUUGGCUCUCCGCUCUGGAAACCUGAGGCUUUGUCUUGGUACGGACUGCUGCCGCUGCCGCUGCCGCUGCCCACCCCACAAAACCCCAGAAAAAGAGAGAAGGGGAGCAGCCCUUUUUCCUACUCCUGCCUCCUGCUCUGCCCAGAUGACCUCCUCAGGAACAAGGAUAAGCAGACGCGCUCUUUGCUGACACGGAAUGGAAUGACCGCGCCUGCACUCCCUCUUCUCGCCGUGUGUGGGGUCUUCAAGGUUCUGUCUCGCUCGGAGACCCUAAAUUCUGCUUGGGGCACUCGUUCCCCGUUAAUUACCUUGAAACCACACGUCGCUAAUUGCCCUAAUUACUCUCGAGCCGUGCCACACCGCCCCCCCGCGGGCCAGGCCGGGCGGCGCAGCGCCCGGGCGCACGGAGCCCGGCGGGUGGAUCCGAGCUCCGCCCGGAGGAGCGGCGGGCGGGUCGGCGGCCCCUCUCGGGCUCAUCGGCAGAGACUCCCCGGCCCAGAGCCCGGCCGGAGCUCGCACACCUCGGGCGCCCCGGCGGUGCCUGUUGAAUGGGAUCGGAGCACCUCUGAGUCCCUCUCCCUUCCCACGCCGUACAGGGCGCUUCCCGCGUUAGGGAGACGGGGGUCACCUGGGCACCAGGCACCGGCAAGGCCUGCUCCUCCACUCCCCGCCCAGCUACUGGGAGCAGCCGCCAGCGUCCCUCCGUUUUAUGUUUUCAUAAAAUCACCGCGUUUUCUUACGUGUUUGUCUCAUUCUUCUCCUGUCCCCGCCCCAUGUACGUUCUUGGGAGCAGAGACCGGGCCUGUCCCACUCAGCCUCCCAGGACCUACAGCCUGGAGCGGAGGGCGGCGAGCCUUCACUGUGUUAAAUAAGUGA